AUGUGCCAGCCAACUGUUUUCCGACUAGUGAAAGAAGUCCUCUCUUUGCGACAAAGGAUUUAUCGUCUGACACCCAACUUCAUUACGAACAAACGAUUGCAUGAAAUGUGCGGUGUGCCGAAGGAUUCAAGAAGAAUACAGACGAUCGAACAACAACUACUACGCACGGCACUGAGGACAAAACGUGAUCAAAUGUAUGCUUGUCUGAAGAAGUGUGUUGCUAAAGAGAUAAGUUGUGAACGGAUCGUGCCGAAACGCCUUUGGCAGAGAAUAACAAGACUGAAAGAAAAGUUCGAUAGAUUAGUAGACCAACAACGGUGUCGUAGAUCGAAGGAGGUGACUACUGGUAAUCCUAGUAAUACCACCAUCCCACACUCGUCGAAUGAU